AUGCAGACUGACGGGCCUCCCGAAACGCCCCCCGAGAUCGUCGACAACUCCCAAGACACCAAGACGCCCUCUUUCAAGGACCACCUCCCAAGAGAUCCAGAAGUCGCAUGCGGCAACACCGCCGCCCACACAUCAGCAGCAAGUAUUGAGGAUGACUACUCUCCCACAGCCGCCGGCCCCCGUUGGCCGACGACCGGACAGUGCCCGCUCAGCUUCUGGAUCCCACGCUUUGUCUGGGCCGCCGCCCAGCGCACGGCACAGGCAAGCAUUCCCAUCCGAUGUCUUCUCCGCCGCGCCGGAAAGUAUCUCUUGUUCCCGGCCAUCGUCCUCGGUACCCUGUCUGCCGUGUUCCCGGCAUAUCUGCCCGGCCUGUGGGAGACGAUGGAGUGGAGGCUUAUGGCCGUCUUCUUCCGGGCUUCGUCUCCGUCUCCGCCUUCGUUCCCGCCAUUUACGCCGUCGCCGCUAUCUUCAUCGUCAUCAUCGCUGGAGGGUUACGCGGGGACACCCCUCGGCUCUCUCGAGACCUCUGCGUACCGGCCUUUGCGCACCUUGACCCAGACGUCCGUGGACGAGUUCAUGAACCGUCAGACGUACUUGCUGAUUGUCAACAUCAAGACGGCUGUCGAAAGAGACUUUCCCAUGGUGACCACCUCCACCUUGAAUGAGCUUUGGCUCAACACGGACGAUGUCGCAAAGUAUCCAUCGAGGUCCUACGUCGUCGUCGUCCCUGCAACAUCCAGCGGCACCUUUUCGAGACUCUACCGUUCCGUGGCGAACGUCGUGAGCUUCUGCGGUCCGGAGGGCAAAUCAACACCAACUUCCUUGCCCGUGUCCCAGGCCCUGGUUGCCUUUCUGUCUCGAACAGCGCGUGCCACUGGGCGUCGCAGUUGA